AUGGAUCAUGAGAAGAAACCUGGUUCCCUCGAUCCGUCCGAACGACAUCAUUGGGACGAAAACAGUAAACAAGAUACUGGAAAUAAACCCACUCUUGAUCAAAACAAGGGUAUCUGCGAGGAGCCUGACCAUUCUUCUAUCUCCGAAGUGUCUGACCCCCUUGACCCGUCUGAACAUCACCUUUUAGGCGAAAACCCUCAGCAAGAUGCCGGAUACGAGACAAAAAGUGGUGAAAGCACAUCUCAAUUAGCUAGUCCUCUCGGAGGUGCAGGCAAGCGUGUUGCUCUCUCUCUCCGCCCCAGAAGCCAGUCAAUCCCGCGUCCAUUUUUCAAUAGCCGUCAGAUUUCAAGUGUUACAGUUACUUCCUGUCCUGAAUCCAGUGCCACGUCCCCUGGCUCAAAUUCUGGUAAUGGGAACGAGACUGGAGAUGAAGGCGAGGAGGAAGCAGGUUUCGAGUCUCCAGCCCCGAAAACCCGCGCCACUUGUUCUGCACAUGCCAAAACUGCUAGACGCCCAGUCCCAGCCCAUACUCCGCAGCGCGAGAUCAACUUCGAGAGUGCAGCUGCCCCUAGCCAAAGCUUUCUUGAAAGACUCUUCGGACCCGAUUACAACGACGACGUGCCUCCCAGUCAGACAUCGCCGAACUAUAACUUAUCCAAGUCUCACGACCGGCUUUAUGACCCACCAUAUACUCCCUACACUACAAGUCCUGAUGGUAGGUUCGUUCGCACUGACUCUCACAUGAGCAGUUCCGGCGCUGGGCAUGGUGCCCAUAUGGGGUCAACCCGUCGCGUCCCAGGCGCCGCUCCUUGGAUUCCAAGAACCAAGACCAAUGCCCCCUUCCCUCCCGGUUACAGCCUUACAGCUCCUACGUCUGGACAUCCACUUGACCAGCCUCCUCGUCCUCGGACAGUGGAAGUCGACGCCCGCGGGAUUCCGCUCUUCUUCCCCUGGAUGAUGCCGGGCGGCCCCCCACGACCCCCCUCUCCUCCUCGUCCUCUUCCUCCUGUGCAGCCUCGUGUCCCUACGCCUCGACCUCGGGCUAGGAAAGAUGGAGAAGAGAGCGAGAGCGAGAGCGAGGAGGAGUGAGGAAGAUGUUGGUCGUUCGUGAAUCUGCUUUCGACGAUGAUGGAGGAACGUUGUAAUUACGCGCAGGACAGGACAGCGGGAUAGCAAUGAAUUUACCUUUUUUUUC